AUGAUCCAAUUUUUUAUUUUAUUCAGCUUAGCCUUUUUGAACCUCGCAACUUGCCCAAUGAAUAGCUACACAUGCACUAUUUCAUCUGUCACUUGUACAGCUUGCAAUUCUAAUAGAUUCUUGAUCGAUAGCAAAAUAUGUGCAGAUUCUUGCCCUUCCCGUUUUACUGCAAGCUCGAAUUUAUGCACUUCCAGCAAUACUAACUGUGCAGCGCCAGCGUCGUCAUCAAGUGCAGUUGUGCUCAGACUUCAAUUUAAGCCAAUUCAAGACUUGACACUUACUUCUAUUGCAACAACUUCUGACUCAUCUGAACUUUUCGAAAAUCCUGGAGGAAUAUCAUAUAACUCUCAGACCCAAAAUUCUCCUCUUCCAACCUUAGACCGCGGCUUUUAUUUUGCGACAACAUCAAGCAUUACCAGCAACAAAAGCCAUAUCCCAUCACUUUAUUUUAUGUUAAAACUUUGAAUAAAACCUUUAUCUUAUGGACAAAUUUUAGUCGUAUCAUAUAAUUCAAAAAAUUAUAUUUCCUGCUAUAUCUCUAACCCUGACCUCCCAAAAUUUGAGAUUAUUGUCCAAAGCUCUACUGGGAGUGGUGAAACUUUAAUAACUGCAGUAAGCAGCACUAGUUCAUCUCAAAACUGGCAAAAUAUGACUUUCAGGAUUAACCAAACCUCUUGCAGCUCUCUCACUGUUGUUAUUUAUAUGAAUAGUUCUGCAGUUGUGACUACCACCUUUAGUAGUGUAGAGGCAAGCUUUCCAAACAGCAAUUCUUAUACUUGAACAGUUGGGAAAGGAGGAGGAAAUGACUCAUUUCGGGGAUUUUUGGCUGUUUUAGAAGUUAGGUGCGACUCUCAGACUAGCUAUUCAUCUUCUCCAAUCACUAUAGAAUGCUAUGAUAAUCAAUUCUGAAAUGGUUCGUCGUGUCAAAAUUGUCCAGCUAUUUGUUCGACAUGGCCUUGAUGCAUUACCUCAACUACUUGCUCUGUAUGUAGUGUAGUAGAUUGCAGUUCUUGCCAAGCUUAUUCCUCAUUUACGUGCUUAGGCUGCUCCACAGGUGUUUUGCCGAAUUGCUGUGACAUCUUGGCAAGUGCUUGCACUCAGACAUGGUCAAAUACGGCAUGUCAAACUGGUUAUUUUCUUAUUGGAGGCGUUUGCUUAUAUGCAUGCCCAUAUGGAUUCGGAAAUUGUGUGUCUGUCUCUUCAGCUGUUAUAACAGCUGAUUUUAUGACAACUUUUGCUGGAAGCUAUGGUGCACUAAUAACAGCAACAAGCCCUUCUAGUUAUAACUUUUGGAAUUCCCCAGAAGGAAGUGAUCCUAUCCCUGCAAAAAACCGAGGUCUUUACUUCAAUGGUAGUGCUUUUCUAUCAGGGUCAAUAAAUUUAUCCCACACAUGGAGUAUGGGGAUGUGGGUGUACGUAGUUAGUGGAGCAAUCAUUGGCCACAGUACAGGCAGGCUCUCUCUUUCUUCUGAUGGAACUCUUUCAUUUGACCUGCAAAUGUGGGAUGCAACAUAUGCUAGUUAUUCUGCUUCUCAAACUAUAAUUCCAAGCACUUGGGCAUAUGCUUCAUACUCUGUCGGGUUUUCAAGUAAAGCCUCAACUAUUACUCCAUAUUUAAAUAAUGUAGCUGGGACAGCCACUUCAGUCACAAAUUAUGUAUUUAGACUUCAAUCAGGAGGAACUCUCUAUAUAGGUAAAGAUGGCACUCAUUAUUUUACAGGCUUUAUUAGCUAUUUUCAGCUCUGAGGAGUUACAAUUACAAGUUUCAGCACUGCUUAUAAUCUCUACGGGUUUUCUGGAGGGAUCGCGAACACUUUAUGACCAUGCAGUAUUGAUCAAUACUAUAAUGGAACUGCCUGUGAGUCUUGCUUGGGCACAUGCUCGAGUGGCUGCGCUCGAGCAAAUUCAUGCAAUAUAUGUGUAAAUGAUUUAUGCACCAAGUGUAACUAUUUUACAACAGGAACUUGCUAUGAGUGCGUUGCUCAUGCUUCUGGUGCUACAUGUGCAUGCGAUUCUGACUCUUUGCUUUCAGCAGAUGGAUGCUCAUGCGAUCCAUGCUCAACUGGCUGCUCACAAUGCACAGAGACAACUUAUCAAAAAUGUACGGCUUGCUAUUCGGGAUUUUUUUCCUUCUCAGCAACUGGCCAAUGCUUAAGUGAGUGCCCAUCUGGGUAUAAUGCAAAUUCUUCCACAAAUAAUUGUGAUUAUUUCUCAAAUCUAGCUCUUAGCCUAGAUUUGACUGAUCAGAUCCGGCUGGAUACGGUUUCUGGCUUUAAUGUAGGCUCAAAAAAUACAAACGUUUAUCCUGACUGAUCUGAUAUUUAUGAUCCAAUUCCUGCUUAUAAAAGAGGCUAUUAUUUUAAUCAAACGAGCUAUUUAUCCUCUUCAGCCAUGAUAGCGCCUUCAUUUACAAUUUCUGUUUGGAUUAAAUCAUACUCGUCUGGAAUAUUAUUGACCAAAUAUACUUCGACUGACAUCCUUAAAAUAACAAUUAACUCAUCAGGGUAUAUUGCACUUUCUAUUAUUUUUUCUGAUUCAUCCCCUGAAUCUAAACACGUUAAAAUGGCGACACGUGCCAAUUUGCCCACUUGGCGUGCAGCAGUCCAGACCUUAUGGCCACGGCAAACUGAGGCGGACUCUGAGCUGAGAAUCAAGUGCAUGUCCAAGAGAUGUGUAUCCGGGUAGGUUUUGGCUGCUUAACUGUGGUUGGAAAUUGAGGUGCUCAACUAAUCCUUUUUGAUCUGAGGGCCCAUGGGCAUUCCUUACCGAGGAACUGGGGGAUUCGCCCAGUUCAUCAGAGGAGUAGUCUUUUUUCCUGUAGCUGUGGAAGGAAAGCAUUUCAGCACCCAACAGACUCCAAUGAGUUGAUUCAUGGAACUAUAACUACUCCGAUCGCCCAUAGCAAGACCGCAAAAAUGCACAAGCACUCAAGAUUGAAGCUGCAAGGAGGAGACAGAAGGUACGGGAGUGGCAUCCACCUGGAUAGAUCCUCUGAGCUGGAGUAGAAAAGCGGUAGAAGAACCUCCCUCGCGAGAGGUCUUUGAUGACGCAGUCACCAAUAUGGCGAACACCUGACUUUUAAUAAUCCUAACCCUCUGAAUCUUUGUCCACGACAAUAAAUAUUUUAAAUCAUUGAACUUUUUUGAGCUUUACUGGACAAGUUCAAUCAGAUGGUAAAACGAAGCUGACUAUUUAUAGAAAUGCAGUAAAUUCUGAUUCAUUUACUACUGUAUCUUUAAUUUAUUUCAAAGACACCCUGUCUGGGACACUUUAUGUUGGCAGUGAUGAAAAUUUUGGAAGCAAUGGACUCUAUGGUUUUUUAGAUCGGCUGAAAAUCUAUAAUUCUUAUUUUUAUCAAUCUGAUGAUUAUGCUACUUCUUGCACUGGUUGCUCUGCUUGCCCUUCUAACAAUCAGUGCUGAAGUGGGUGUGGCCUAAAUGAUUAUCCAGAUAGCUGCUCAGCCUGCUUAUCAGUCUGCAAUCAAGGCUGUGUUAGUGACUUAACUUGUAGACUUUGUAGGGAUAAUGAGUGCUACUCAUGCACUACAUUUUCAGGGGAAUGUACUAGUUGUAUCACAAACGCUUAUAAAUUAGCAGGCCAUUGUAAAUGCCUUUCAAAUGCAAUAUGGAUCUCCAGUUCUCAGUCCUGCGAACUUUGCAGCUCUGCUUGCUCGACUUGUUCAGCUCUUGAAUAUACUGGCUGCCUUAUUUGCAUAUCAGGUAAUUAUCUAAUCCAGUCUUUAUGCAUAACCUUUUGUCCUACAGGCUAUAUCAUAAAUGGCAGCAAAUGUGAUAGUGAUACGGAUUUCACUAACUCCUUUGUUUUUAAUUUAAAGCCUCAUCAAAUAAAAGAUAUUAUAUUAGACUCAGAAUCAAAAAUCCCAGUUCUCACUGGCAAAGAUAAUAGUUUUUACCCAACUUAUGAUGUGACCGAUCCGAUUGCAGCUAUAUACAGAGGGUAUUACUUUUCUGGUUCUGCUUAUAUGCAGCUGCCUCCUUAUGCAGGCACAAUUUCACCACUGCUGACUUUUGCCCCAAAAUUUGUAAUAUCAACCUGAGUGAUGCCAAUUAGUGCGACAGGAGCCCUUUUUUGUAAGCAAACAGAUAGUGGACUAUUUACAAAAUAUAUGAGCUUUGAAUUGAUCAACCAAUUUCCAUCACUUACUUUAACUUUAAAAGAUUCUUCUACAAUCACUUAUACAAGUUCUAUUUCAUCAUUAAAAGUAGAUCUUUCUCAGUGGAAUUUUAUUUCAGCAGUCUCUUCUAUAAGUGCAACUCCUCAACAAAUUAUUAUCCUAACUACAAAUACAUAUACAGACACUUCAAGCAAUUUGCGUGCAAGUUGGCUGAAUGAUUUACAAAGUUCAUUUUUCUUAACAAUUGGGGCUUGCCACCUCGAUUCUCUAGCUUUAAAUUCAUUUUAUUUCGGAUUUCUAUGAGAUCUAAAAGUCUAUAAUGCUCCAAUAUCGAGCUCUUUGACUUUAAGCUCUUGCAAUGGUUGCUCAUUAUGCCCGAUUGAUAAUUCAAAUGCUUGCCUUGAUAGCUGCCUAAUAAACAGUUUUUGGGAUGGAAGCAGCUGCAGUCUUUGUUUGCCUGCAUGCUUUAGUCACGGCUGCGUAAGAGGGGACAAAAAUUGUAACCUUUGCCAAGAUGUCAUAUGCGAAAUAUGCGAUGACUAUACAGGCACCUGCAUGACCUGCAAAACAAAUGCUGCCUUAGUCGGCUCAAAUUGCCAAUGCAAUGAAGGAUACUACUGAAACAGUAAUAAUGAGGAAUGCGAUCUAUGCGAUACUUCUUGCAAAACCUGCACAUCAUCUACAUAUUUAGACUGCUUAACGUGCGUUGAUGGUCUUGAUAUGGCAUCACGGAUUUGUAUGGCCAGCUGCCCAUUAGGGUAUUCUAAAUCUUCAUCAGGAUGUGUUUUAACCAAAGUAAAAAUUUUUGAUUUGGAUUUGAAUACACUUGAAGGAGUCGUCUGUGAUAAAGCAAGCUCGAUCCCAGCAGUUACUGGAUCAACAAAACAAUUUUAUCCCGAUUAUGAAGCUGAUGAUCCAAUUCCUGCUUAUAGCACUUUCCCUUGAAUAGCCCGAUAGCGGGCUGGCUUCAUCCCGCUAUCGGGCUAUUCAAGGGAAAGAGCUAUAUCUAAGAGGGUUCUGAUUUAAUGGCCUGUCUUCAAUAUUAAGACUGCCUGAGUAUUCAAGCUACACAUCACCAAGACUGGUGAUUUCAUCUCCUUUCACAAUUUCUAUAUGACUAAAUACUGAAACGCCAUCUGCUUCAAUAUUGUCAAAGCAUAUUAUUUCUGAUAAUUAUCAGUCUUUUUAUUCAAUCUCAUUAAUUGAUAGCAAGCCUGAAAUUUCACUUACUAUUGGCUCGUCUCAGUUUUUACAUAUUUCCCAAAGCUCGCUUAAAUAUUAUGAAUGGAGCCAUGCUAUGUUUACAUUUGAGACCUCUCAAAGUGGAUAUAAUACACUAUCAAGCUACCUCGAUGGCUUAUCCGAUUCAUCAACGACAACCGAAUAUGGCGCUUUUAUUGAUAUAGGGCCUCUCACUACAAUAGUUAUAGGAGCUCUAAUGAGCUCAUCGACUGCUUAUAAUUUCUAUCAAGGAUUUAUUUAUUCGAUACAAAUAUUUAAUACAAUAGUUUCACUAUCAAGCCUAUCCUCUAAAUCUUGCACUGAUAGCUGCAGUGUUUGCCCUACAAGCCAGAUAUGCAUCCCCAACUGUAGAAUAUAUGAGUAUUGAAAUGGUCCUAGCUAUAAUGUAUGCAAUUUGUGUAGCACAAGCUGCACGAGAUCAUGCAGAAAUAAACAAAGCACGUGCUCACUUUGUGAUAAUCUAUUGUGUGAUGCCUGCACAGAUUAUUCAGCUUCAGGAUGUGGAUCUUGUAAAGAAAAUGCUAUUAAUCCUGAAUCUUGCAUAUGUGGUGAAAAUUAUGUGCUAGAUACCUCUAGUAACAGUACUUGUAUUCCGCUUCCGCCUGGUGGAUUUAGAGGGACUGAUGGAACAUUUUACUCAUGCCCAAAUUUAUGCACAAUUUGCCAAUCGCUUACCAGCUGCACAGCUUGUGUAGAAAACGCCAGCUUAAUAAAUGGUCUCUGCUAUUGCAAUUUAGGAUACAAUGGAACCAUAGCCUGCACUUUUAUCCCUUUUUCAGCAAAACUCACUGUUUUGUCAGAUAACUCUCUUUAUCUGAACUUUUCAGAUAGUCUUGCAAAUAGUUUUGCUAAAAAUGACGUUACCAUAACUAUUGAAAAGCAAGGAGAAGUUUCUUUCAAAAUUGAGCAGGUAAAUAGCACUUGCUAUUAUAUUACGCUCGUGAUGAAUGAUAAAAUUUCUAAGGGUGCUUUGGUUGCACUUAAGUUAUUGAAUUUAACUCAGUUUAGAUCAGUUUCAAACGGAAUCUUGAGCUCUUCCGAACUGUCUGGAUAUUUAAAUUAUUAUGAUCCUACACCUUAUUCACCAUCUGUUGCAGCUGCUGCAUCACAAGCUGCAACUGGGGUCCAGGCCUCGAUUUCUAUUGCUGCUAUCCUAUCUUUUAUUAAUCCAAGUCCAAGUUCUCUCUGAAGCAUUAUGAACUAUCUGCAAAUUCUUAGCUACUUAACAUUAUCAGGUAUCCCAAUAUCUACUAAAAUGAGUACAUUCUUAAAUAAUUUGAACUCUUUUAACUUAUUCCCGAACAUUUUCCCCUAUUUCAUAGAUGAAAACGAGGGGAAUACUCCUUAUUAUAAAGCUGAGGAUUUUGGAUAUAACUCUGACUUGAUACUGAUAACUACGGGAAGCGAUUUUACACUCAUAUUGUUUUCACUCUCAGCUUUACCUGCAGCUUUUUUCUUUUCGCGCUGCUCUCACAGGUGGAUAGGCAAGAAAUUCAUGAAAGCUUUAAAAAAUUACCGAUUUUCAUUCUAUUUAAGAUUUUGAAUUCAAUGCUAUCUUGAAUUGGGAGCUGCUGCAAGUAUUGGAAUUGUGACACUCGGCUUUAGCAAUUUAACUCAAAUGAUCAAUAUUAUUCUUUGUAUAUUUAUUUAUAUAUUGCUAUCAAUUACUCCGCCUUGGCUUCUUUGGUUUUCUUAUAAAAGUAAGAAUAGGAUCCAAUCACGCGAAAAAAGCUUUAUUGCCUUAUUUGAUUCGCUCUUUUAUGAAUUCAGAACUGAUGGAGAAUUUCUUGCAACGCAGUAUUACUUUUUAUUCUUCUCGCGGAGGCUUAUCUAUAUAGUAAACUUGGUAUACUUGAGGGAGUUUCCACAGACUGAAGUGACUAUUAACAUCGUUCUCUCCUUAAUGACAAUCAUGUAUUUGUGGUUUUUCUGGCCAUAUGAAGAUCCGAUUUUGCAAGUAUCUAAUUUAUUGACUGAAAUCUUAAUUUUCUUAGUUAUGGGUGCAACAUCGGUUUAUUUAUUCAAUUUUGAGCAAAAAAUUGUUUCAGCAAUUGAGACUAGCAUUGUUGCAAUUGUCAUAGCUAUUAUCGCAGUUCAAUCGAUUGUUUCAAUAGUUAUUUUUAUCAGGACUCUCUUUGAGUUUGCUAACUUCCCCCCCUCCGUGAGUGAACAAAAAAUGUUGUUCACUCACGGAGGGGCAUUAAUUUUUUUUUCGAAAUUUAAAAAAUCCUAAUUCGCAAAAAUUGGAAAGCAAAUAUUAAUUUAAUUUAUAAAAUUUAUGUUUUAAAACGCAAUUUGUUUAAAAUUAGACAGAAUUAGCUCUAGAUUUUCAUUAUACUAAUUAUCACUUAUAUAUCAAAAUUUUUUUCCAUAAAACAUUUUUCUAUUAAAAAAAUUUUUAUUCAUUCACGGAGGGUGUUUUGGGCGAAAAAUAGCGAUUUUUCAAAUGGUUUUGUUCACUCACGGAGGGGGGAGUAAGCAAAAACUCUCAACGAAAGAAAAUAUAAAUAAUAUAAGGCCUCCUUGAAUACACUUCAAAAAGCCCAAUCAUAGCCAAGAAUAA